CUUGUAAAUUUUAAUUUUGAAAAUUUAUUAUUUUGUGUGAGUUGAAAUUUAUUUACGGUGCCCUGACAGUAGCCAAGUUCAUGGUUGCAUAUUCGCAACGCUUUGUCUUUGCUUGGCUUAGGUCCAACUGAACUCGUGGUUAUAUAACUUUUUGAAGGAUUUUGCCGUUGUUUUAUUGCGGUGUCUUAAACAACCAGUAUGACACUUCCCGCUGCCUCGACUCUAUGCAGAAUAUUCACUUUUCUACUUGCUGGAUCUCCGAUUUUCUACAGUGCGGCACCGCGUGGUAUUUGCAAUAAUUGCUGUGCCAUUCGUGAGCGCGAGGAUAUCAAAUUCUUAUUAUACACAAGUAAAAACUCUAAUAAACCACAAAAUUUACAUUUGGGCGAUGAACGACGCUUGACUAAAAGUAAUUUCAAUUUAAGACAACCGCUGGCAAUUUAUUUGCAUGGAUUUUCGGAAUCUGCUACUGGCGAGAACCAGAGCAGUCAACAGUUGAAAGAUGCAUUUUUAAAAACGGGAAAUUACAAUGUGAUCCUUGUCGAUUGGAGUCCCUUAACGGCUGUGCCUUGGUAUGCAAAUGCUGUGGAAAACUUACCCGUGGCUGGUCGUUAUAUAGCACGUUUUUUACGUUUUUUAAUUGCCAGAGGUUAUCCAGUGAAAUUUAUUCACUUGAUUGGAUUUAGUUUGGGCGCUGAAGUUGCUGGAUUUGCUGGCAAACAAUUACAGGAAUGGGGCGUUACGUUACCGAGAAUAACAGGACUCGAUCCAGCACUCCCACUGUUCGAAGAUGGCAGCACAAAUCGACGCCUGGGACCGACAGAUGCACGCUUUGUAGAUAUAAUACAUACAGAUGGUGGCAUACUUGGCAAUCCAGAAGCGAUGGGACAUGCAGAUUUUUAUCCAAAUGGCGGACGUCCAUUGCAACCAGGAUGUGCGCGGCAGGAAAUUGCCAAUAAUCGUUGGUUGGGCAUUAUAAUUGGUUGCAGUCAUCAACGCGCAUGGGAAUAUUUUAUGGAAUCUGUUAAAUGGCCGCUGGCAUUUCCUACGAACAGAUGUGAGCCAUCAAAAACAUUUGCCAUUUGCAAGGAUGGUAAUGGACGCGCUUAUAUGGGCAUGGGAGCCGACAGAAGAUUACGUGGUAAAUUUUUUUUGGAAACAAAUGGUUUUUCACCAUUUGGUCGCAAUGCACCAAAUGCUGGAUUAAUAUUAUUGCCCACAGCUUCACAAGCAGUGAAUACAAACCAAAGCCAUGUACUGACAGAUGUCAUUGCAACAUCAACAACCAGAGCAGCAUCCGUAUCAACUGCAUCAUCAAAUGCAUUAACAACCAACAAACUGACGUGAUAAAAUAUGCAAUUUUCAUCGAUUUUGAUAUAUAAAUUUUUAAUUAAGAACAUUUACGGAUUCAUCUAAAAAAAAUUUAGUUUGUGAAUAUAUAUAUAUUGUAGAUAUAUAUUCCAUAAUGCCAUUAGGAUUAACUUUUUCUGGUUUGCUAUGCAAUGAACUUCAAACAGUUUUAAUUUCAUUUGUGAUAAUUUAUAUAU